UUGCGCUCCCCCUGUUAAAAUCAGAGUUUCUUAGCACCGUCCACUGCCGGUCUGCUUAGCCACUCCGCAUUUUUAUCUCUCCAUUCUCGCGCUAAAAUCAUUUGUACAUACGGUUGGUUUCAAACGCCGAUGGGCUUAACAAUUACACCAUCUCUCUGCUCUAACUCAAAGAUUUACUUUAGAAUCAAUUCGUGGAAUGCGAGGUUACAGAGAGCAGGUUUGAUCAGGUCAGGUCGCUAUUGUGCGCUGGGUGCGGUGGUUGAGCUCCCCCCACUGUGCAUUAGUGUUGGUGGUAGUAAAAAAUUGCUCAGACCGAGGAGACUAGUGGUGAGAGCGUAUUCUUCUACUGGCGGUCCUGCUCGCUCGUCAGGUUCCAGGAGAGUUUACCGGGAAUCCCAAGCCCAAGUUCCUGCCGUGAAUGAAAUUGCAUCUUUUGUUCUUCCUGCUGGUGUCUUCGUCUUGGUUUCUUUAGUUUUAUGGAAAUUAGUGGAGAAAUUUGUUAUGCCAAAACGAGUUAGCCCUUCAUCAGAGGAAAAUAAAGCUACUAAAGGUGUGAAGUGGUCGUUCUCCCCUGGUACGAACUUAUUAUCUGGUUUUGGUCAAACGGUGGAUAGGGAAUCCAAGCAGAAGCUCAAUGAGUUUGCAAAGGAGCUUAGACUGUACAACUAUGUUGAUUUGUCAGGGCUCAACUUUGGAGACGAAGGGUUAUUUUUUUUGGCUGAAAGUUUAGCAUACAAUCAGACUGCUGAGGAAGUGAGUUUUGCUGCUAAUGGAGUCACUGCUGCUGGACUGAAAGCUUUUGAUGGUAUCCUGCAAUCAAAUAUUGCCUUAAAAACUCUUGACUUAUCAGGAAAUGUUUUUGGGGAUGAAGGUGCUAAGUUUCUUUCUGAAAUUCUGGUGGAUAAUGUUGGUAUUCAAAAACUCCAACUGAACAGUACUGGCAUCGGGGAUGAGGGAGCCAAGGCAAUUGCUGAGAUGCUUAAGAAAAAUUCAAACUUGCGCGUCCUUGAGCUUAACAAUAAUUUAAUUGACUAUUCCGGAUUUGCAGGUCUUGCUGAAGCACUACUGGAGAAUAGAAGUUUACAGUCGCUAUAUCUCAGUGGCAAUUAUGGAGGCAUCUUAGGGGCUGCUGCCCUUGCCAAAGGCCUGGAAGGGAACAAAUCUAUACUGGAAAUUUAUUUGCAUGGGAACUCAAUAGGUGAUGAAGGCGUGUGUGCCCUAAUGUCUGGCCUAUCUUCACGUAGAGGAAGACUUGUCAGGCUGGACAUUGGUAACAAUUCCAUAAGCGCUAAGGGUGCCUUUCAUGUUGCUGAACAUAUCAAGAGGAGUAAAAGUUUGCAGUGGUUGAACCUUUAUAUGAAUGAUAUCAAGGAUGAGGGAGUUGAAAGAAUAGCAGAAGCUUUGAAGGAAAACCGUUCAAUAGUAAACUUGGAUCUAGGGGGCAAUGAUAUACAUGCACAUGGUAUUAGUGUCUUUGCUCGAGUUCUGAAGGACAAUUCUUCCAUCUCAGUUUUGGAGCUUGGAUAUAAUCCCAUUGGACCUGAUGGUGCAAAGACAUUAGCUGAAACUCUUAAAUUUCAUGGGAAUGUGAAAGAUCUCAUGCUCGGUUGGUGUCAGAUAGGGGCCAAGGGUACAGAGCACAUUGCAGAUAUGCUGAAAUACAAUGAUACCAUAUCAAGUCUUGACCUGCGGGCGAAUGGACUGAGAGAUGAGGGUGCUAUAUGCCUGGCUAGAAGUUUAAAGGUGGUGAAUGAAGCGUUGGCCUCGCUAAAUUUAGGGUUCAAUGAAAUUAGAGAUGGAGGAGCUUUUGCGAUUGCUCAGGCACUCAAGGCAAAUGAAGAUGUCAGGUUGACAUCCAUUAAUCUCUCCAACAACUUCUUUACCAAAUUGGGACAGACUGCCCUAUCAGAUGCAAAAGACCAUGUUUAUGAGAUGAAUGAAAAAGAGCUCACCAUUGUUUUCUAGGCAAAUUCAUUUCAGAAGAGGCAUGUGCAGUUCUUUUCCAAUUGAAGAACUGUGCUCAUCUGUUAAACUUCAACCGGGCACAGGCUGGAGGGGGUGCAUAGGAUUUUUGAAGAUCUGUCAAAUUUUGUUGUCGUGUUUUAUUAAUCAGAUAUAUGUAAAUUAAUUUGUUCCAGUUCUUUAUUAUGUGUUACAGGAAUCUAGCGUGCCAUUGCUUUAAAUGAGUCUCUAUCUUAGCAAAUAUUUUCAAGAUAGUCGAAAAAGAAGAUAAGCAUUUAGCAAUACCCAUAUCAGAAGCACCAAAUUAAGUUGAAGGGACUUUCAAAUUAAGUCCAUGGCAUCUUUCUGACUUUUGAGUUUUUAAUGAAAAUUCAAACACAAAUAAUUUGGGCAGAAUGGCAGAUUCAGUAAGUUUGCGUGUGAUCAAAUUCGGUAGUCCAAAUCAUUUUUGUGAAUUCCCACACAAGUAAUCCUUCUAGGGUGUAGCUGUGUAGCCAGAAGCGAAGGUUGGAAUGAGUUGGUAUAAAUUAGGUUGGAAAUUUGGAAUAAGUUGGUAUAAAGUUAUUUCAGAUAAAUUCUUACACUAAAAGUACAAACAAUGAAACAAUAUUCAAUUUAAAAUUUGGCGUGGGCUGGGGAGUGGGGACCAUUUGGCCCCUGA